AUGAAUACUCUUGUUCUGAUAAAGGGCGAAUCUAAUAUUGACAAGCUGCUUUUUAUAGCGCUUAGCCAUUCCAAGACGUCGCUCUAUGUGAUAAUUGAGCCCAGACCGGCAAAACUGGAGCAAUUGAACCUUUUGACUACCAAAAUCUACGAGCUAGCUUACUUCUUUAACCCACAGAUCCAGGUGAAUGUGCUCUACAGAGACCCUGGCCUGAAAGACGCCAAACUUGUCACUUUCGACGAAGUCCAUGAUAGUCUUGACUAUCCGAAGAUCAUAGUGCUGCCACAGGACCUGGAAGAAGUGGAUCUCCCUGCCUUUACCAAACCUUCCAUUUCUGUCACCCAGGACGCUACGUACCAUCAGUACGAAGUCUGUGCUGUGGGGGGGACAUUUGACCAUCUUCACAGCGGGCACAAGAUUCUGCUCACCGCGGCAGUGUUUCUGACCAAGACAAAACUCAUUGUGGGUGUCACGGGGCCCGAGUUGCUCAAAAACAAAAAGUACGCAGAAUACCUCGAGUCGUACGAGCAGCGGGUGGAGAAGACCAAAUCGUUUAUCAAGCUGGUCGAUCCAGCAAUCAGCGUGGAGUUUUUCCAGAUCAACGACGUGUGUGGCCCAACUGCCUCCAUCAAAGAUAUUGAUGCCUUGGUUCUAAGCUCGGAAAGCGCAAAAGGUGGCCAGUUCAUCAAUAGCGUCAGAAGCGAAAAGGGCUUCCCGUUGCUCACGAUCCACGAAAUGUCUAUUUUGGGCGGAGAUCAACAAGAUAACUACAAAGACAAACUCAGCAGUACGCAGCUACGCAAAAUCGAAUACGAAAAAGAUCACGGUACCGGGAACUAA